AUGUCUACACCCCCACCCCCACCUCCAACAACAACUUCCGCUCCCGCUUCCGUUUCGGGAGGGUACCAGGACCCGCUGGAGACGUGGAGCGACAAGUUUGCGCGCAAGUUCAAUGAGAACCCGUGGGUCCCUCUCGGAUGCCUAGCAACAUGCGGCGCCCUAAUCAUGUCCGCCGCAAAGCUCCGCGCAGGCAAGCCCAAAGACAUGAACUACUGGCUGCGCGCGCGGGUCGGCCUGCAGGGGCUCACUGUCGGCGCGCUCCUUCUCGGCUCGACGUGGGGCCGUGAGUGGAUGAAGGAGAAGUUUGGGAUCGAGUCGGCGCGGUCGCAGUCUGCUUCUUCCUCUUCCUCUUCCUCUUCUGCGGGUGAGACGGGGAAGGAGACGGAGACGGAGGCGCAGAAGCACAAGAAGGCGCAGGAGAAGCGGGAGUUUGAGGAGCGCUUGAGGAAUGCGGAGGAGGUGACGAGGAUGGAGAAGGCGGUUGGUGUUGAGGGUGGGAAGAUGACUGUUAAGGGGCCGGUGGUGAAUAAGCCCAAGGAGGAUAAGGAGCCGACGACGGCGACGAGCACGAGCACGACGGAGGCGGUUAAGCAGAGCGGUGGGUGGCGUUUUUGGGGGGGUAAGAGUUCGAGUCCGAGUCCGAGUGCGGAGGGUAAAGAUGGUGCUGAUUCGACUUCAUCGACUAAGACAUCGUAA